AUGCAGGAUAAGAGGUCAAUAGCUUAUUUCAGUGAAAAACUAAGUGGAGCAGCGCUCAACUAUCCUACAUAUGACAAAGAGUUUUACUCACCUGUUCGAGUUUUAGAGACAUGGCAACAUUACAUAUGGCCGAAGGAGUUCAUGAUUCACACUGAUCAUUGGUCAUUGAAGCAUUUACGGGGUCAAGGUACAGAUUCGAGGAUGAAUCCUCUUGAAGAGGGAGGGGAUGAUGUGAGCAAGGAAUCGUGCGUGUCAAAGUCAAGGCCAGGAAAUGAUUCGUUAUUUAUCAAAGGAGGUUCGAUGAUACGAUCGAGAGCAAAGUGGAUGGAAGAGGUGAUGUGA